AUGUCUGCAAUGAAGACUGGAGCGAACAGUGAACGAUCUGGAGACGAGAUGGAUGAAGACGAGGAGCCUGAACACAAAACACAAUCAGUGCUCGAUGUGUAUUUAGAAAGAGAGAAACUCCUGCAUCAGAGGCUUUAUCUAGUCGCUCGACUUCCAAAAGGAGGGAAAGACAGGACAGAGUUGGCUGCUCAUUAUGAAAAACUCAGUCUUCAGCUGAGUAAGAGGUUCCCUUUGGACAACAUGACAGGCAUUCUCUUACUCUACUCGUCAUGUCUGAUUCAUGUUAUUGAAUCAUCUAGAGAUGUUCUUUUCACUAUUUUGGAAGAUCUUAUAGAGCUACAAGAAGAAACAGACUGUGUUUUACUUGAAGCUCCAAAGAUCGUAUUCAUGGCACACAGUCCUCGCAGCAGGCAGUUUCAGCAGUGGAGUUACAAGCUCCUGAAUACAGAAACAGAUCAGGCCGCAGGGAGCAGAGAAUCUGAUCCCACCGAGACAGAAACACUCAUUCUUGAGAUUUUGUCUUCUGUGACUACGGUAGCAAAGCAACUUGAACAAGCUAAAAGGACAGAGGGCGGACCACCAGUGAAAAUGCAUGGCCUGUCUCCAGAUGUUUUGAUCACUUUGACAUACAGAGAAGAUCUGUUUACGCCUCAGCAGUAUCUGAACAUGUACCAGUCACCUUUACACGUCAACCUGGAAAUCUGUAAGAGACACUUUUAA